CCGAGCACGAGGAUUCUAUCCCUUAUAGUACAACCUCCAGCUACCGUCGACCGAGUAUUCGAUUGUUACCCUCAAAAGCGACAUAUUACUCAAGCCAGAUACUACAUCUCUCGAUUCAGGCUUUUGUACAUACAUUGGCCUGCGACAUGCGUUUCCUACCCUUGCUCGCCUUGGCCUCGACGGCCCAGGCAUUGUACUUCUACGUCGACGGCGCCUCGUCCAAAUGUUUCUACGAGGAAUUGCCCAAGGGUACUCUUGUAUCGGGCAAAUACUCUGCGGAAGAGUUCGAUGACCGUGCCAACGCCUGGCAACAACACCAGGGAUUGAACAUCUUCAUCUCCGUUGACGAGGUUUUCAACAACGACCACCGCGUUGUCUCCAAGAAGGGCGGAUCGUCUGGGCGCUUCCACUUUGCCGCUGCUGAGGCCGGUGACCACAAGAUCUGUUUCACCCCCUCUUCAACCUCUGGACGUCACGGCUGGCUCUCCACCAGCUAUCCCAACGGCGGUGUCAAGCUUCGUCUUGACAUGGUUAUUGGUGAGAGCAGCGACAUCGAGCGAAGCGAUAAGGGCAAGAUUGAUGACAUUACUACCCGCGUCAAGGACUUGACCAACCGCUUGAACGAUAUUCGUCGCGAGCAAGUUUUCCAGCGUGAACGCGAGGCUGAGUUCAGAGAUCAAUCCGAAUCAACCAACGGACGUGUAGUGCGCUGGAUUAUCAUUCAACUUGUUGUUCUUGGUGGCACCUGCGCUUGGCAGCUGUCGCAUCUGCGAUCUUUCUUUAUUAAGCAGAAGCUCACAUAAAUAUGUAUAAUUCUAGGUUGGAGUUUUGUGUUGCAAAAAUGGCAGGCAAUGUUAAAGGGAGUUCCGAGGCUUGAAGCGACCAGCCAGAGCUCUCGGCCGCCUUCGGCAGGAACGAAAAAAUGAGGUUAAUGAUGCAUUUAGGGGAUACAAACACAUACUUAUUACAUGUGUCUACAAGACGGCUGGUCAUAAUUUAAAUUAAUUUGUCACAUUUUACGAAAAGACGCCCAUUGUGUUGAAUUGCAAUUGUUAUUUCCAUUACAAAAACAUACCAAUAAAACUCCUGAGUGUAUGUGACCUCACGCUCAACCAAGAUUCCGCCGCUCAACUUCCUAGUUUCGAGGUUCCCAGGUCCUAGGCAAAACGUGUAUUUUGGUUGCCGGUGUUGUAGGCGAUGCCUUGCGCUGCCGGGGUGCAGUUUAUUAUAUGAUAGCAUAAAAGAAAAGGUGACGUAUAAAAGGUAAGUGGGAGGAGUAGACGAUGGGACCAGAUCAUUUGCGCCCGUGUUCUGGCGCAAAAGAUCAACAAAUUUCUGAAGGUCGCUGUCCCAGUAACUGAGUGUAGUGAUAGAUGCAGUCGUUGCAGACGUGAAAGGUAGGAAAGAAAAAUGAAGCCCAUGCCGUUCAAAAGAAAUCAAAUAACAGUGGUGAGGAUGACGAAAAUCCAAGGAAAGCGAAGCAUCAGCACUGGCUUUGAGUCGUCCUUUGGCCCUUUGAGUGAGGGCCAAUAAAAAUGACGGCUCAGGUGUGUAUCCGCUGAAAAGUAUCUAUAGUAUGAAAAAAUCAGAUGUUGAUUUGGGCUGUUGCGUUCUUAAACCAGCGCUAGAGAAGCAACCACGGUGUCGUUGUUUAGCUUCUCGCUGUUCGGUCUGGCGCCCCCGCUUGCUCUCAAGAGAAAUAGGCUCGAGGCGAACCAUCUCAAUAAGUCUAUGUUGUCUGGGCAAGUCAUGUGCGUUGGUGGGAGAGUUGUAAUGCAUGUCGUUCAGGCGUGGAGUAUGUCUGUGCGAAUUUGGCGAGGCAAUCGUUCGGCCACAGCAGUACAGGAUAACACACUCUCGCAAACCCACUGCGGGCAUCUAACCGCAGCAAAUCGUCUUCAUAAACUUCUGGAAGCCAGUAGGUUGUGGCUCCACAACCUGAUCAUUGCUUUGGCCAACCUGUCCGAGAGCCUGUUGCGAAGUCUUGUGCUGAGGCAGAUUUUGAGCGCUGUUCUGGAACUGGGCCUGGGUAGAGCCUGCUGGGGUAGACAUUUCACGCAAACCACCGGCGGUGCUAAUUCGCUGGCCUGAGUAGCCACCUUGCCCGUUUGGACGAUCUCUCUGAUCUCUCCCCAUCUGCUUGAUCGGGGACGGAGGGGGAGGCUGGGCGGCGUUUAAACGGCCGACAGUAAGAUUCUGUGCUUGCUGAUGAGCCGUGGUAUUCCCAGGACGAUGACCGCUGUGUAACUCCAUUUGCGAGGGACCAGGUCGUGCAUUCGGGUUGUGAAGGUAGGAGUGGCCCUUCGGGUCCCAACCCUUUCCCGAAUCCUUGCUAAUCUUCAUCCAGUCGUAUUCGCCGUCUUCCACUUCGCCGGCAUUCUUGAGAGCCUGUGUGAAAAGCUCGCGCAGGUAGUCGUAGUCGGGAGUAUCCUCGAAUCCAAGGUUUCGUACGUAGGUCAAAUACUUGUUGAAUUCCUCGGGGAAUCCUUCGCAAAGGUCCUUGAUAGCGGUGGUCUGCUUCUUCUCUCCAAUCUUUUCAUACUUUUGCUUGUUUGUGGCGGCCUUGAGACCCUGCCACGGCAAACCUCCUCUCAGGAAGUACAUGAAGACAUGACCAAGAGCCUCGAGGUCAUCACGGCGCGAUUGUUCGCGGCCCAAGUGUGUGUUGAUACUCAUAUAACGAGCGGUUCCGGACAGAGACUUCCUCUCACGGUAGGGAAUGUGCUGCUUGGUCUUGGGGUCUCGGUACUGCUUGGCCAUGCCGAAGUCGACAACGUGGAUCACACUAGAAGCCUUAGUACCUGGGCGACCAAUCAGGAAGUUGUCAGGCUUGAUAUCGCGGUAGAUCAAGUUGCGUUCGUGAAUUGUCUGGACACGCGAAAGCAUUUGCUUGGCUACCAUAACAACGGUCUUGA